UUGACCUUUUUUCUCAUAUUUUAUUCAGUUAAUACUUAGAUAGGUUGCUGAUGUACAUGUAAGUCCUAGUCUACUUCGUACGUUGUCGUUAGAGCCUAGAAUUGUAGUGUUUACCACAUGGCUGCCACUCUGUAGCCUAUUUUGGAUCGAAAGGGUUACAAAGUCUACAUAUUCGGCAUUUCGGAAGACUUGUUCAAACAAUGCAAUAUGCCUGGCAGUAUAUAACAACAUGUUGUGCAAGAAUUGAAAACAACUACCAGUUAAAAACAGAAGAAGAAUAUUAGCUCCUGGAUCUGGUGCGAACUGGAGCAAACCGGUUUCUUUCACAUGUGACUCGCAAUAUCUGGGAGCAAAGUACGGACUGACGCAGCAUAACCCUGUAUAAUGACAUCCUAUCCAAACACAAGUAGUAUAAUUUACAAAAAAAGUUUACAACAACGCCGAGGUUAACCACCGCUUAAUUGUUGAAUGGAAUUAAUGUAAACAGGCGAACUGGUAAAAUCUGGAUCCGGAACAUGUCGUCAUCAACAGAAACACAGCUCUGAAAUAGUGACUUGCAAAAGAACUUGGCCCAUACUGCUUUUGUACUCCCAUACGAAUGGAUGUAAAUCUUUCUUAAAUACGAUAUCAAACAAAACGUAAACAUAUUUGAUAUUGUAACUUCGAUUUUGUCCAACGUUCUGAACUUGGGAGAAAAUCCAGCCGGAAAAUGGGUCGCAAAAGGAAAGAAAAUGCGGCCAUGGAAUUGGAGCCAGAGCCGCCAGAUUCGGGUUGGGCUUGGGUGGUCCUGUGCAGUGUUUUCGUCACUCAGUUCAUGACCGUUGGUUUCCUUGCCUCGGUGUCCGUCUACGUGUACGUGUGGAUAGCUUUCUUCAAUGGAAGCGCGGCGGAAACCAGUCUGGUUAUUUCGCUUUGUUCCUUCAUGAUGGGAGUAUUGAGUCCGAUUUCAGGAUCGAUAUGUAAGCGCUUUGGACCCCGUGUGACGGUUAUGGCGGGAGGUAUGAUGACGUUUGUUGGUUUGGUAGUCUCCUCCCAGUCUACUGGUAUAAUAUUCCUUAUUAUCAGUCUUGGAUUUUUCACAGCCUUUGGAAUGAGCAUGAACAUCAAUGCUGGCUUUACAGCCUUGGGCAUGUACUUCAAGAAACGUCUGGCUCUGGCCAUGGGCUUGGCAACGGCCGGAACCAGUCUCGGACAACUGGCGCUCCCGCCUCUCUUCCAGUACUUGAUUGACCAAUACGGAUGGAGGGGCUCUCUGAUGAUAACAUCUGCACUGGUGUUUAACGUAGUUGCUGCUGGCGCCCUCAUGAGGCCACUGGUACCCAAAAAGCAAAAGAGGUCAUCUAAAAAAUCCAAAAGGAGCGAACUUGAGGAUAAAACCUCUGAUGCAACAACCAGCAAGAGCUGCCAAUCGACAGAGGUCGGCAGCAACGGCCUGUCGUUUCUCAACCCGUCCAUUUUUGGCGGCGAAGAUUUCGUCUGCUCCCAAGGUGACACAACUCUGGGAGAAGGCUCAAUAUUCCAAGGAGAGCCCGACGUUGCCAUGACAAUCGAUGAGGCCGAGGAUGAGGACAGGAUCGAAUAUGCCGACUCUGAUUCUUGGAGUCUGUCUUCGACCUCGGAAGGAGACAUGACCGCCAUGAACAACAACGUCUGGGUACCAGUCGCCAUAACCACACUGGGGAACUUUCCAAAGGAAAGGGGGAGGAAUUCCUUCAUUCCCGGACGCAGACCUCGCACUGCAUCCAUGCUCAGUCAGACCCUGGUCAAAAAAUCCUCUGAUUUAAUCCGUCUUCUGCGCAAUCCAAGCUUCCUGGUCUUGAUGGCUGUAGGCGUUGCACACGGCUUCGGUUGGGCGUCCACUACCUACCACUUGGUAUCAAGAGCUGAAUCAAUUAACAUCGAGCCAGACAACGCUGCAUUGCUUCUAACCCUGAUGGGCGCCGGUAGUCUCAUCGGUAGACUCUCCAUAGGAUGGAUUGUGGACAGGAACUGGAUGCGUCCAGAGCUCUACUACACCUUGACCUUCGGUGUCUGUGCAUUGGCAACCUUCAUAACUCCUCUCAUCACGGAGUUCAAGGUGUUGGUGGCCGUGGCGCUGGUACACGGCGCAUCUAGCGGUGCUGCGACUGUCGCUGUUAUCAUGAUUCCUCGACUUGUCGUCAAGCCAUGGCUGGUCAGUACUUCCAUGGCGUAUUUCUUCCUUGCCUGGGGCAUUGGUGAAAUAUCUGGAGGAGCUUUAGCCGGUUGGUUUUACGAUGCGCUCGAAAGCUACGACUAUUCCUUCUACGCUGCGGGCUCCGUGAUGACAGCUGGCUCCGCACUGAUGCUCAUCAUCUACUUUAUCCAGCGAGCUAAACGACGACGUCAAGGGCUUCACACAAAAAGCUUCGGGGAACAAGCAGGAGCGGUCCAGCCCAGUUCAAACCAGUUAGAUCCGGAGCAAGCCGGAUCGAAGCAUGAUGACUUGGGAAGGGUCAAUCCGGUAUUUUUCAUGAGGCAGGGGUUUGAGACACGGAUAGAUCAGUGCGAGGGUGAGAUAAUGGGUGAGAGUGUGUCAGUGUGUGAGACAGAUGUCGAUCUGGAGGGGAGUGAAUGGAGUCUGAAGGGACAAAUGGUAGGGGGAUCUUUGGGAGAGGGUUGUAAUGAUGUUGGAGAAUCUCUAGUGAGUGAGAGUGUACCAGUGAGUGAGGUAGAUGCCGUUCAGCUGGCAAGCCAAUCUUGUCAGAGUAACGCAGCCUGCAAUCGGGAGCGGAGUGAAUUGAGCCAAACAGGACAAACUGUAGGGGGAUCUGUGGGAGAGGGUUGUAAUGAUGUUGGAGAAUCUCUAGGAAUUGAAAACCCAAUAAAUGAGAAUGACUCGGAUGAGGACCAUGCAAAUAACACACUGUCAUCCCAUAGUGACACACAUGCAGAAGUGCACGAACAAGAAAUAGAUGAAAGUGAGACACCGAGCAGUGUUACUGGUCCAAGUCCACAAAUUACAGAAAAUCUAAGCACAAACGAUUCCGAUAGUACAUCCGAAAGUGAUGACGAAGUUGUGUUGGGUUUUGAAAACCCUUGGAAUGAAGGUAGAUCUUAUGUUAGUAGGAUCCUAGAGUCACGAACGGUUGAACACGAGUUUUCUUGUGGUGUAGAAAAGAGCGAUAUUGUGUUGGAAAGCAUCAGUGAUCAGGAAGAUAGUGGCUUUGAAAAUCAACUAUAUUUUGCUGAGACUAGCGAGAGCAAGAGUUGCCCGUACGAUCCAGAGUCUGUGAGCAGUGAGUGUUGGGAUGGUGUAACAGACAGUACCGGUAAGUAUACAGGGAGUGAGAUAGGAGUGUCACAGACCACCCAUCGGUCCCAAAUCACCCAAGACUCCGCGGACAAUCAAAACCAAGGGAGGGGUAGUGAAAAUUAUGAUGAAGACGAACAUUGCAAUGACCAACCUAGCGAGAAGAUACAAACAAGUGACCGUGGAUUUUUCAAUCCCUGUUACAUCUCAAGCACUUCAGUCAAGGAUGGACGUAGCGGUGAACCAGAGGUUGUGGAGGGUAGUUUGGAUGGGCUGGAGGACAUGGUCCCCAAAAGUGAACGUGUGGAAAGGGUCGCUAAAGAUUCACGUGGUGGGAAGAAGCGGUAUAUUGUAACUGAAGAGCUGUUCUUGUGAGAAGUUAUACUUGGCCAUUCUGAGAGUGGAUGAGAGUGGAUGUGGGGACAUAAGAACUUUCUUGUCGAGAAUUACAUUGCGUUUGUUUUGGGGGUGUAAUACCAGUCCUUAUUUUAUGCUUUAUCGAACUUCAAAUUCAAAUGUCAAAAAAAACAAGCUUUUUUUUCCUUUGAUAAGCAUUGUGUACAUAAAGUUCAAAUCAUGUUUUUAAUAGGAGUUAUUUUGACCAUUAUCCAUUAUCGUGUGUGUUUGUGUGAUGUAUAUACAUUAGGACGAUGCGCAUAUAGCUGGUAUACUUACUUCUAACAUACUCGAGUGUAAUAUAAUGGACACCAGUGUAGUCAGUCACGCUAUCUAUAUAUCUCUUUUAUUCACAUCAAAUGUAUUAUAAAUAUCACUUGCCGUGCUCUGUUCUAAAUUUGUGUGUGACGCAUUGCCAAGCAAAUUGAGUAUAUAAUUCAAUGCAAAACUAGGGUCUUUAUCUAUGCGGACUUUAAAAUGUAAAUAGCGGUUUGGCUGAUGUUCAAAGAUGUUGAUUUUACCAACAGACGGUGCAGUAUUCAAAGUUGUAUUAUCAAAUAUACUUGAGCAGUAUGGUACGGUCAAACAAUUUUGAGUAACGUGUAUUUUAUCAGGUUUCAAAACGUUUUCCACAACCAGAUACUAGAUUAGUUUGGUAGAUAGAGGUGCUUAAAACGCUGCAUGUUAUUCAUUAUGGAAAGGUCAAGGAGUACGUGUAUGUAAUACAAUUGUAAAAAUUAAGCUUAUUUCUGUAUACUGAACUUUUCAUGCAUUUUGGAACCUGUCAAAAUGUAAAAUAUAUUCAGUAUUCUAGCAUAGGUUUUUUGAGUAGGCCUAUACAUUAUAUUUCAUUUAGAGCUUCAAAAGCGAACGCUGUGUAAAUCGUGUGUACUCUAUUUUCUGUCAACACUUAAGUUUAUUUAUAGUCUAGUUUAUCAUCGAUUGUGUAAUAAUUAACGUCAUUGCGGCAGUUCUAUAAUUUAUUAGAUCAUAUCAUAAUAAUCAUCUUUUUCGUACCACCGUACGUAGCUUAUCUUAUGUUAAUAAUUAUUGUCGUGCUCAGCUGGUUAUUCUAUGCAUGCUUUCUUGCAGCAUUCGUGUCAUAUAUUGCUCAAACCGCCAUUUUUGAA